AUGAAAGUCACGAUCAACGCCCUCCGCCCCAUAGCGGUCUGGAAGUGGGAUACGUCCACCGAGCCCCACAAGCUCUACCACUACAGCACGGGUGGGAUCAUGGACGAUGAUGACGAGGAUGAGGAGUGCGGCAUCUGCCGUCUUGCGUUCGAGUCUUGUUGCCCAUCGUGCAAGAUGCCGGGUGAUGACUGUCCGCUAAUCUGGGGCACCUGUACGCAUGUCUUUCACAUGCACUGCCUGCUAAAGUGGCUCGACACGGAUCAGAGCAGAGAGCAAUGUCCGCUCGACCGGCGCACUUGGGAAACGGCCGAUCGCAAACCGGACAGAUUACCCACAACCGUGGACGGUGCGCCGGUCGCGACGAUGGCGCCCGGCCUGAUCCACGGCGACGAGGACGAGGAGAUGGGCGACGAGUCUGACGACGGCGUCAUAAUGGCUGCGACGGGCGGGACGCACGGAUGA